CCCUCCCCACCUUAAACCCCCUUCCCAACUAGGGUUUAGUGGCCCGGUUCCACACAGCGGAGAGUUCCAGAAGCUUUCCGCGGCGAUGGGGUCGCCGCCGGCCGCUGCGGCAGCGGUUGCAGCGGCGGUCGCGGUCGUGGCGGCGCUGCUGUCGGCCUCGGCUGCAGCCAACCCCGCGGGCGGACCCCACAUGGCGGACCUGAGCGUGCUGCUGCCCUCUCGCAUGACCAAGCCCGUCGAGUACCGCCUCAUCGGCGGGGACGGAUGCUUCUCCUGGUCAUGGGAUCAUCAUGAUCUUAUUUCAGUUAAACCAGAGUACAAUGAUAGCAGCAGAUGCUCGACUAGUGCUCGUUUGGCAUCAAUUUCCCCUUACAAUGGCCGGAUGGAGACUUCUGUCUAUGCGACUGAUAUUAUCAGUGGAAUCACGAUACACUGCAAAGUAUUCGUGGACAAGAUCUCUCGGAUCAGGAUUUUCCAUCAUGCUGUUAAAAUUGACCUAGAUGAAAUUGCCACAUUGCGUGUUCACGCCUUUGAUGAUGAAGAAAAUGUAUUCUCGUCAUUGGUGGGAUUGCAGUUCUUAUGGCAGCUUUCCCCAAGGUUGCUUGAUAACAGUAGCCAUCAUCUUGUUCAUAUUCCACUGAAAGAAACACAUUUGAGUGACUGUGGUGGCUUUUGUGGUGAUUUGAAUGUUCGGUUUGAGCUAGAAGAUAAGAAUCUCGGUUCAGAUUUAUUUGUGGUGAAGGGUAUUGAGAUCGGCCAAGAAGUUGUUAAAGCUCAGUUAUUCGAGCCUCAGUUUGAGCAUGUGAUUGACACAAUCACAUUAACUGUUGCUGAAGCUAUGUCACUAGAGCCACCAUCACCAGUUCUCGUGACUGUUGGUGUUUUGGUGAAGUUUAAACUCAAGGUUUUUCAACAAAAAGUUGCUCAAGUGGUUAAGUUACCAUCACCAUAUCAUCGAUGGCAUGCAACAAACUCUUCUGUGGCCCAAGUAGAUAGUUCCUUGGGUAUCUCACGUGCUUUGAGUCUGGGAUUUACAAAGGUUGUUGUUGAAGACACAAGAGUAGAAGGCCAUGAACAAGUAUCAUCUCUACAUGUUGUUAUUCCACGAACACUCUUCCUUUAUCUGGUCCCUAUUAUGGAUGAUUCUGCUCAUCUUCAUGGGAUAACAAAUAUUCCAUCCUCAAAAGUUUGGUAUGUUUAUCCUGGACGAAAGUACAUGGUCCUUGCCAAAGCGUUUGCAGAGGGAUUUGAUGCUAGGGAGAUAUAUAUUACAGAGGAAAAUGAGCUUAAACUGGAGAGUAGUACCAUGGAAUUCUGGAACUUAUCACUGGUGCCAGACAGUUCUAUAGGUUCUUAUGAAGUGCAAACUUCUAGAUUGUUAAAUCCUGUUUCCCAGGGUAAAGGACAUUUAGUUGCUUCCUUAACUUACCGAACAGAGGCAUCUGGACCAGCAAAGGCUCUCAAGAUUGUGCAAGAGGUUAAUGUUUGUAGUAAGGUGAAGGUAUUCUGGGAUGAAGGAUUGGAGAACUCCAAUGUUAUUCACCUUCCCUGGGUUCCUGGAGUUUACCAGGAAAUUGAACUGAAGGCAAUUGGGGGCUGUGGUAAGACGUUGGAUGACUACAAGUUAUUUUCCUCUGAUGAAGAUGUUGCUUCUGUAUCUGACUCUCGUAUCGUGCGUGCAAAAAAGCCUGGUCAAGCUGUCAUCAGAGUAGUUUCUGCUUUUGAUUUCUUGAACUUUGAUGAGAUCAUUGUUGAAGUUUCCAUUCCUUCAGUAUUGUCUAUUCUGCCAGUCUUUCCUGUGGAGGUGCCUGUUGGAACACGACUUCAUGCUUCUGCGGCGCUAAAAACAUCUACUGGAUACUCAUUCUCACGAUGUGACCAUUUUAAUGCUUUUAUAAGGUGGAGUAUACUAUCUGAUAAUGAGUCUUUUCACAUUCUUAACACUGAGGAGGCUUCGAGCGUUGAGGACAUAAAACGUAGUGCUGGUUCUUGGGGACAAAAUGGGAAUCCUUGUGCCUGGAUAUCUCUAAAUGCAUUUGCUGCUGGCCGAUCCACAGUAGUUGCAAUGUUCGCCUUUGAUUCAGAUUCUAAUAUUGAGAAUCUUGGACCCAUUUCUCUAAAGGCAACUUCAAAAAUUUCUGCAUAUUAUCCUUUGGUGGUUCUUCAAGGGGGAAAUGGAAACCAAUUUGGUGGGUACUGGUUUGAUUUGUCUGGGAUACAUAGUAGGAUUGAGAAGAUGGAUAACAACAUUCCCAAGGAGCUAUACCUAGUUCCUAGAUCAGCAAUGGAUGUUUUUCUCUUUGGAGGACCUGAGCGGUGGGACCAAGUGGUUGAUUUUGUCGAAACAGUUGAUGUGAUUGGUGAAUCGGAAAAUCAUAUUACUAGUUCUACUGCUGUGCAGAAAUUAUCUAGUGGAAUAUACCGAGUAUCUUGCCCAAGCAAAGUGAACUAUAAACUGCUAUUCUCACGUGGCAACAUGAUUGGGAAAGAUCAUCCUGUGCCCGCUAUAGCCAAAUCAGAGUUUUCUGUUGUGUGUGACUUCCCAUCAGAAAUUACAUUGAUAGCGAAUGAAAAUGAAAACCGACUUGAUAUAUUGGAAGCCGCUAGCAAAGCUGACCGAGGUCCUGAUAGAUUGCAAGCAUCACCUGUUGUAAUCUCCAAUGGAAGAAAUAUACGUCUAGCUGCUGUGGGUAUACAUGGAAAUGGAAGGUUUUUUGCUAAUUCAUCUUCUCUUUGCCUGAAAUGGGAGGCCAGUGGAUGUGAAGGGCUUGCUUAUUUUGACGAAACCAAAUCUUCUGAAAUGCUUGAUGAGUCAACUUGGGAGAGGUUUCUUGUCCUACAGAAUUCUACAGGAGUGAUGUCUUCAUUUUCAAUUUUGAACCUCCAGUGCACUGUGCGUGCUACAGUCAUUGGCUUCUCAACCAAAUUUGCUGGCCAAACUCAUGAGGAAGAACGCACAUUUCAUACUCUCACAGAUGCUAUUCAGUUGCAGCUUGUUUCUUCCUUAAGAGUCACUCCAGAAUAUGUCUUGUUAGUUUUCCAUCCUGACGCACAGGAAAAUUUGAUUGUCAGUGGUGGAACAUGCUCCCUAGAUGCUUCUACCAAUGACACACAUGUGGUGCAAAUAGUUAAACAUCCAGGAAAAUCCUUAUGUUCUCAAUUGAUUCUUGGAGCUAAUGGCUUAGGCAAAGCUAUCGUCACAAUCCAGGAUGUUGGCCUUUCUCCUAGAGCAACAACUUAUUCUUUGGCUAGAGUUGCAAAUGUCGACUGGAUUCAGAUAAUUGCAGAAGAGCACAUCAGCCUUAUGGAAGGAAGCACAAAAGAUUUUCAAAUAUUGGCUGGAACCCAAGAUGGACAAACAUUUGGCGAUUCUCAGUUCAAAUAUAUGGGCAUUGAGUUGCACCUUGGUGAUGAGAUUCUGGAGCUUAUUAGUCCAAUGGAUUCAAUGGAUGGAUCCAAAUUUUCAAUUAAAGCUGCAAAAACUGGCAUAACAUCUCUAUAUGUCAGUACUAGGCAACACUCUGGACAAAGAGUUUUGAGUCAGGUCGUAAAGGUGGAGGUGUACAAACCAUUGCAAAUACAUCCCGAGUAUAUAUACCUCACUCCAGGCGCCUCUUUUGUGCUUUCCGUUAAAGGUGGUCCAAAGACUGGAGUUUACAUUGAGUACUCAAGUCUGAACAUGGAAAUUGUAGAAUGUCAAAAUGCUACUGGGAAGCUGUCUGCAAAGACUGUGGGGAACUCUACUGUACGUGCUGCUAUUUUGGCAAAUGGAGGUACCCUAAUUUGUGAAGCUUUUGGACGAGUCGAAGUGGAUAUCCCAGUGGCUAUGAUUCUGAAUACUCAAAGUGACCGUCUUUGUAUUGGUUGUAGCAUGCCAAUCUAUCCUUCUCUGCCUAAGGGAGAUCUAUUUUCCUUCUAUGAAACUUGCCAAAGUUACAGUUGGGUGAUAGCAGAUGAGAAGGUUGUAAUAUUCCAAUCAGCUAAAUCUUGGCAAUACAGACUUGGCCAAGGGCUAUAUUCAGAAGGAAAAAACAAUCCAUGGUUUUCCAAUGGCAGUAGCAAUUCUUUUAUCAAUCAUAUGAUUGGAAGGUCUGCUGGGAAAACCAAAGUUUCCAUUUCAGUUACUUGUGACUUCUUGCUACCUGGCACCACUGGAUCUGUUGUAUCAUACAAUGCCUCCAAGACCAUUCUGGUGGUUCCAGAUCCUCCCCUUGCACUUGUACUUCCCAUGACUUGGUUAUUCCCCCCCUUUUAUACUACUACAAGCCUUUUGCCUAGAUCAGCAAAUUCACUUGGAGAACCAGACUCACAUGACCUGGAAAGUUCUGUUGGGUAUUCUCUGCUAAGGGGCAGUGGUAGGAGUGGUUCUGUGAUCCAAGAUGCUAGCAUAAUUGACGGAAAUAAGAUUAGGACUGGAGAAAGCAAUGCAGUUGAUUGUAUUCAAGCAAAAGACCACUCAACUGGAAGAACAGAAAUAGCGUCAUGCCUACGAGUUGCUGAGGUUGCACAAGCAUGGAUAGCUGCUGCAGAAUCAUCAGUCCAGAUUGCCUAUCUAUCCGUAAAUGAUAGAGUUGAAUUGGAUAUAAAAUAUGCUGAUGAAUUAGGUUAUACCUUCCAUGAAGCUCAUGGAGUAGCCCCUGUAAAGAUCGAGACAAAUUAUCCUGAUGUUGUGUCCAUUCUCAUGCCAAGAGAUUUUAAUGAUACAUAUGGCACACAUGAACGUUUUGUUCUUCAGGCGAGAAGUCAUGGGACAGCUCUUAUAAGGCUGCACGUAAACCAUAUUCCCAAUAAAGCGGAUUUCAUAAUGGUAUCUGUUGGUGCACAAAUGUAUCCUAGGGAUGUGAUCCUUCAUUCUGGCCAGCACCUCAACUUCACUAUUAUUGGAGACAGUAUGGACACGCGUGGAUCUGGUCACUGGUUAAGUAGCAAUGAAAAGAUUGUGCAUGUCAAUCGGGUAACUGGUGAAGCACAGGCACGUAGUGAAGGUGUAGCAGAAGUAAUAUUCAAAGGUUCAAAUCUUAAGUUGCAAACAACUGUCAGUGUGCUCAAGGUGAACCAAAUAGUUGUUGAUGCUCCUGGAGAGACACUGACUAAUGCUGCUGGCCCACCUGAUGGAUAUAAGUUCUCUGUAAGAUUCAGUGAUUCAACUGAGCACAACACUGGAUCCUCUGCGAGUCCAAUUGCCCCGUUUGAGUGCAUGGUUGACCCUUCUUUUGUUGGGUAUGUUGAGCCAUGGACUGACCAUGCCGCAAAGAAAUCCUAUUGCCUGUUUCAUCCAUAUCCACCUGCACAGCUGCUGCCUGUCAAGUUGAACCCAAAGGAAGGAUUUUUACACAUUUUAGUUCGUGCAAAUCUAAAGGAAGACCCGAAAGUGACAGGAUCUGCACAUGCCCUUUUUGUCAAAGGAUUUUACAUCAAAGAACCUGGGAAGUUAAAUUUGACUCCAAGUUGCAAUCAUAGCAUCAUUACUAUUGGUGGAAAUACUGAUGUUGAGUUAUUCUGGAAUGCUAAAGAUUUACUCUCAGUCAGUCGUGUUGACACAAAUGAGAACAAGGGUGUUCCUAGUCGAAUUGUCUACAGGGUUGAAGUGCUAAAAAGGCAACCCUUCUCUGACAAGGUCACUAUCGUUCUUCCUGCCACUGGCCAGACUGAAGAAGUCGAGAUCAGCUAUGAUACAGGAGAGGAGGCGGAGCCUUCAUCAUCAUGGGGCCCAACCACAUUUGUGGUUAUCCUCACAUGCAUCAUUGUACUGGUAGUUACGGUUGUCUUCAUGAAGUCGCUGGAGAGGCCUAGCAGACGUGCACCGCCACGGAAUGCGGCAGCAUCCACACCAGUGCGAGCACCGGCAGCCAGUCCCGCCCCAAUGGCCGACCCUGCGUCCCCAGCUAACGGCCAGCUCUCGCCUCGCACGCCCCAGCCAUUCAUGGAGUAUGUGCGGAGGACCAUCGACGACACACCCUACUACAAGCGCGACAGCAGGAGGCGAUUCAACCCCCAGAACACGUACUGAGCGUAUGUAGCUAGGUUAGGUUAGCGGUGGGGCUGGUGGGUUUGUUGUAACGUUUCCUUGCACGCGCGUGCCCAUGCUGGGAGAAUAUGCUGCCGAUUUUCAGGUUGUGGCAGCAUCUGUGAAGAGCGAUGUAUGUCCGGGCGCCAUUUCCUCCACCAUAGAUGUAAAACCUUUUUGGGGGUUGCAACUUUGUUGUUAGUUCUUAAUUAACUUCUGGCGGACACAUGUAAAUUAAGGUUUGUACAUGGGACACUCGAGCCUCGGUGGAUAGCUCAGACGGUCAUCUUUUCUUCUGUAGUAUUUACCGUUGAUGGUUUGGCUUCAGCUUUA